CUCUUUCUCUCUCUCUCCCACCAACUCCUUAUUUAUUUCCCCACUCAAUUCCCCACCAUCAAUCUUCCUCCUCCUCCUUCCUCUUUCUUCUUCUUCUUCCAUUAUUCCAAAACUAAACCAUCUUCAAAAAUGGUGAGAUCACCUUGUUGUGAGAAAGACCACACCAACAAAGGCGCUUGGACCAAAGAAGAAGAUGAACGUCUUGUCACCUACAUCAACGCCCAUGGUGAAGGCUCUUGGAGAUCUUUGCCUAAGUCUGCCGGUCUGAACCGGUGUGGAAAAAGCUGUAGGCUACGGUGGAUUAAUUAUCUCAGACCGGAUCUUAAACGAGGGAAUUUUACCCCACAGGAAGAUCAGCUCAUUGUUAGUCUCCAUGCAGUUCUUGGCAAUAAAUGGUCCAUGAUUGCAUCAAGAUUACCCGGGAGGACAGAUAACGAGAUCAAAAACUACUGGAACACACACAUCAAGAGAAAACUGUCUAUUAACCAUCCCACACCCACUAUCGUCACCAAUGUCGUCAAAACCGUCCAACAAACACCCGUAGUGGAGUCGUCUAACAGUGGUAGCGGCGGCGGAGGGGGUGUGAGUAGUAGUACCACCACAAGCGGAUUAUCAACCGAAGAAAACACACCACCACCACCACCACCACAGGAGAACAUCACACACCCUGAAAUCAAUCUAGAGCUAACCAUCGGUCUACCAACGGUUUCGGUCCCGAAGGCCGUAGCAGUGGCGGUAGCAGCAAAGGCAGUUGCACCGCCACCGGUUUCAUCGUUUUCUUUUUAUCAAGAAAGUAGUAAUGAAUGUGGCUUGUUGUACAACAAUGAGCAUAGUAUUAGUAUAUGGAGAUGAUAGUCUUUAUUUACAAUCUUGUUAUUGUAAGUAGCUAAUUAGCUAUUAAUUAAAUUAAAAUUAAAUUAAGACAAUUUUUUUUUUUUUUUUUGUGUUGAAAAAGUGUAAAAGUAAUUAAGGGCAGUUAGUUGUGAGUUA